AUGUCUGGAGGACGAGUGAAGUACGUGUGUGACCAAGACAAGUCGGUUUUAGUGAACAAUUUCGAGAAAAGGGGAUGGGUACCUUGUGCCGAAGACGAGGACUGGAAUUUUUAUUGGUGAGAAGCAUUUAAAUUUUGGUGAAAUUUGAGUUUCUUAUCAGUUUAGGCGUGUCAAUUGUGUAAAUCUUUAGAGCUUGGAAUUCGCAUUCUGCGACAUUUUGUUUACACUAUCUGAAAGAAUGGACUGGUACUUUUGAAUAUUGAUAAUAGGACUGUGUAGACUCUAAUUUGGUCUGUAAUCAUAUGAGUGAUUAACUAAGUCAGACUACCGCGAAGCAGGAGUCCGAUUUGUCCAUCACAAGUAUGAUAACAGACAAAAUUGGACAUCAUGAAGUCCUGUUACCCAUUAAUCAUUGUGAUUAAUUCUGUGAUUGGUGAAUUUAGACGAGUGAACUAUGUAUGACUGAAAUAAAGGAGCUAAUCGUAAUCAUUUAAGAAUUUGUUCAUGCUUAGCGUGUGUAUAUCCAGUUAUGGAUGUAAGCGAGAAGCUUGGAGAGCACAAAAAGUGCGUAAGAGUAGCUUUAGCUUUUACUCUAGCUUUUUGAGUGCUCUCCAAACUUCUCAAGUGCAUCCGUAACUCAAUAUACACAUGGCUAAAAGCAUGAGCAAAUUCUUUUAUAACAAAGUAACAAUGAACAAAAAAUGUUCAUGUCAUCUUAUUUACGCACGGGCAUGGGUAAAUAAAGAUUUUGUUCAUAGUGGCUCCAUAGGACUUAUAUGAGGCAAGUAGUUGCGUGCUGUGUUAUAAUACAAUUUCCUCAAAUGUGAUUGGUGCAUGAGCUGCUUCAUUUUUUGCUAAUCAUUCUUUACAAUUGUAAUCGAACAAUGUAACAGGACAGUUGGCUGUAGUUGCACAACUAUAAUCAGACAGUUGAAGCAGCCAAUCAUACUAGGUCCACUCAGUUAAAUCCACCAAUCACAGAAUUAGUCACAAUAACCAUAGCUACAACCACCUAUCCUUAAAAAGUUGUGGAAUUUCCAAAGUUGAGGAAUUUUUAAAUUUAGACAUUGUCUCUACCAAAGAUGUUUGUCCUAAAUGUAUUUGUUUUUCCAGAAAUUGUAAUGGUUAUGAUUAAUUGGUAACAGGACUUUGUGUCAUCCAAUUCUGUCUGUUAUCAUGCUUGUGAUUGACAAAUUGGACUCCUGCUUCCUAGUCAUCCAAUUUUGUUAAUCACUUGUAUGAUUACAGAGCAAAUUGGACUCCUUUCGCUCCUAUUACCAUCAUUACUGCACCAAUCAUAUUUAAGGAAAUUGUAAUGGUUAUGAUUGACACUGUGUCAAAAUGUCAGGCAGCUGAACAGGUUUUUGAAAUUACUCAGUGUCCAGCAGGUAGACAGGUUUUUUAAAUUACUCAGUGUCCAGCAGGUAGACAGGUUUUUGAAAUUACUCAGUGUCUAGCUGGUGGACAGGUUUUUGCAAUUACUCCAUUUCCAGCAGUUGAAACAUUUACAAAUUUCAUUUCAUGAUAUCAGAUAGGUUCUUAGCAAGGUGGACACAUCACAAUUUCCAUGGAACUGGGUAUUGUGCUUAAGUUUGGAACUCUGUGUUUAUUUUGACUGGCUUGUUGCAAACGCCCAGACAUGGAAUUCACAAAUACUCCAGUCAGUCGAAAGUUUUCCUGCCAGACACAGAGUAAUUUCAAAAACUUGCCUGGCUGCCAAACAUGGAGUAAUUACAAAAACCUGUCCAGCUGCGUGACACCUAGAUACAGUGAAUACCUGAGGUGGCUCUCUGGAAUAUUUAUGAAUAAACCCCCUUCAGAGCGUGAGUGAUGAAAUGAAACCUAGUGAACUUUUCCUCUAACAGAUUGGUAUCUGAGCAUGCAUAAACUUUUGAAUCUGUGGCCUCUGCGCAAUCUUUCCUCUGCUAUAUGACUGCAUGUGCCAACUGUUUUGUAUUUGUUAAGUAUUGGAGUAAAAGGUAAAAUGCAGAGGUUUGAUCAAUAGCUCUUGUUGAUGUAACAAAAGGAGGUCUUCCUAAUAGAACAUAAUCUGUGCACUGGUCACUUGACAGGCUGGGGACAGGACACAAAUUAGUGGAAUAUGUACAUGUAUUAAAUGUACAUUAAAUGUAUGUUAAACUUUGCCUUUACAUAUGCUACAUGUACCUAGUGCAGUGGAAAUACCUGCUUCUCUCAAGUGCGAAGAUAUACAGUUCAAUUCCUGGCCAUGUCAAAUUUUUUUGUCUGUGUUUUUCCUUUCUUUUCUAUUAUUUUUCCUUUUUUGUUUUUCAAUUUUACAUUUUUCUAAAAACAAUAUGCAGGAUAUGUUCAGAGUGAAAGGCACAUGUGAGAAUGUGUGAUGGCAUAACUUUUGCAUUUAAUUCUAUAACAAUACAAAAUGCAGAAGUGAGACCCUGAAGAAACAUUGAUCAGAAGUAAACCCAAUAAAACCAAGAAUGCUAAGAAGAAACCUUAUCAGAUUUGUUCAAUGAUGGCCAGAGCUAAACCAGAUUCUACAAGUCAUGAGGGGCCACAAGAGAUGUUAUGAGUGUCUCAUGAUAGUCCACCAUUUUGAAAACCAAGAGAGGGUUUGGGGGGAGGCUUGCAGACUUACUGACACCAUAAUAUAGUUCCUGGAAGGAAGACCCGAUAAGCACAAAAACUGUAUGCUUUUAAACUGUUUUAAUACACCUUUUUAAAUAGCAAUCAUGCAGUCAUAUCAAGCCGCCAUGUUUGUCUUGCUUGUUGAUCUUUUAAGCUUGUUCUUUGUUCGGGUCCAGAUAUUGCUUGAUCUAAACCCUAUGAAGCCUUCUUAAGCUAAAAGAGUAUUGAAAUGUUAGUUUUUGCACUGGUCCUUAUUUUCCUAUCUCUGCCCACAGGCACAGUAACACUUUUGUAAGUCACCUAAUACAUCCGCACUGUUUUUGCCAUGUUUCAUAAAUAUCUUUCAUCUUGCCAACUAGGGCAGUAUUUUUAAGCAAUACUUCAGUCACUACACCAAGCCAGUAAAUGACUUAUUAAUCCUCUGUUUUUCCUGUCUCACAAAUCACUUUGGUUGCCAGAAAAAUAUUGGCUUUGACCUAAAUGUAUGGUAGUAAAUGCUUCAUGAAAUGGGUUGACACCCAGCCUAAAAAUCAAAAAUCAUUUGUAAUAAAUUUUAGUCCUUCACAAAAAGUAAUUCAGAAAAAUGAAACACGAGGUACUUGUUCACAGUUGAAUUAAUUGAUGGAGCUUUCAUUUAUUUUAUACCUGAAUUCUUUCAAACAAUUUAUUCAUUGUGGAAUGGUGAGCAGAGUUUUCAGUUCUGCUUCAGUAAGUUUUUCUAAGUUUGUUCAAUUUGGACAUUGGUUCUGUAAAUUGGGCAACAGAAACCAAAGAAAUUAAAGGAGAAAAAGCUGCAUUAAAUCCCCUUUUGUCUAAUUAAAGGGUCUCAUCUGAGUUUUUGUUAAAGAAAGACCAGGUUUACUCAUGCCAUCACAGCAAACAAAGGAGUAGACUCUAACAACUGCAAAACAUAAAUUUGAACUUACUUACAAUUACUUUCUUUACGAUCAACUCACUGAACAGAGUUAAAUCCCAUAUUUUAAGCACAGAUGGAAGUGAAUAAUUCAUUCUGUAAGAUCAUGACUGUUUCUUAAGAAAAUACUGUCAUUACCAUCACAGAGCUUGAGUUUGUUUGUCAACUUAAUUCUAUUUUUUUCUAAAAGUGUAAAUGCACUUCUUUUCUAACGGACUCUAAUUGACAGGUGUCACAUUGUGCCCCCCGGCAAGUUUAUUAGGAAGCCUUUUAAUUAAAUCAUGUUUAUUGUUAUGCAAAUAGAAAUGUUUAGGUGAAGCCUCUCUCUUUAAUUUGCAUUACCUCUGUUCUGACAACUAAUUACUUGCUCAAAAAUUGUUCAGUUUAUCGAGGAUCUUGUCAUAAUAAACACCCUAAAUCAUUGGGUUCCUUUUGGCAAGCACUUGGUAAGUUUAAGAAAAAAAUAAAAAUGUUACUCUCCAGCAUAGGUUGGAUUAGCCCUUAGAUGCAAGGUACUUGGUGGCCAUGGUAGUCUCUCUGCCAUUGGGAUACCACACAUGGACAUAGUGAGGGUUUGCCUGGAGUAAUUCCACCUCAUUGACCAAAGGCUCCAUCUGGUUGAUGUGAACUUGAUGUUUAAUGUAGACAUCCAGAUGUAACUAGCUAAGUGGGAAUGGGGGCACAAGAGGAAGAUUGUAGAGAGAAGCCAAAAAAGUUCCUGUGAGGUGUUUCAUUGGUUGUUGUACAUAAGAGGAAGGGAUAGAAUGCAGCAUAUCCAAGAGGACAUCUUGCCAUUUCUUAGAUGGCUGGUUUUUGGAUUUUUUGCCUUCCAUAGCACUCUACUACCUCUUUCUGCUUCACCAUUCCUUUCAGGGUUAUAGCUGAUGGUCUUACCUGUGGCUACUCAUUUUGUUGUCAAAAAGUGUUGGAACUCUCUGCUCAUGAAGGAUGCCCUUAGAUCGGAAUGGACAUAUGCUGGUAUUCAUACAAAAGAGAAAAGUGAAGUGAGGCACAUGAUAACCAUGCUUGUCAACACAUCAGGACAGGGAAAGACAAAUGGAAACCUAGAAUACUCAUCAACCUGGCACCACAAAGAAGUACUUGUUCUGUUACUUGUCAGUGGGGGGGGGGGGCUUUGAAAUAAAUGUUGAUCCUCUUAAAUGUCUGGAAUGCCUUGAUAAGGGGGACAUUCUCUGGGCAGUAGAACUGAGGUUUGCAUUCACAACAAACAGAGCACUUGCUUGUAAUCUUUAUCUCUUUUAGGGAGUAGGGUAAGUUCUUGGUUUGCACAAAAUGGUUUGGUCUGGAUGGCAGGAUGGCAGAGGGACUAUGAAGUGAGUCAUCAGAUGUUGUGGGGCACAUUGUGGUAGCACAUUUGACUCUGGACAUCUGUCUGGUGCAACAUUGUCACUCUUUAUCUUUUCUUUGUGAUGUUGGUGAACAUGUAGGAUACUGAUUUCUGAUCGGUCUUAAGGAUGAAGAGUCUUCAGUGGCUCACAGCCUCACUUAUUGCUUGUGCUUCUUCUCUAUGGAUACAUGCUAAAGCUCACCACUGUGAAGGGUUGGUGAGAAGAAAGCCACAGUUCUUCCAUUCUGGUUGAGUGAGGCUAAUGGGUUUAUUUCCAACACAUCUGUUUUGACAGACAGAGAAUGGUCUUGUUAGUUGCAGUGAUAACGGCUUCCUCUUAUGUCUCCUUUAGACCUUCAACACCUCAACAGCUGUAUUUCAUUGGGUCAAGGUACAUUUUGUGGCAGCUGGAAGCAAGGGUCUCUAAAGUAAAACUUGUUAAAACACUUGAUAGGUGGAAAGUGUUGAGUAUAUGGACAAUUUGAUGUAUAAUCUAUGGAAAAAUCAUGCAAUUUAAAACAACACCUACUUAAAGAAUGUUCCUCAAAUUGUUUUCAUACAGGUUAUAAUCUGCAUUCUUAAGUAACAGGAUUCAUGCAUUCUUUUUUAGUUAUUCAGCAACAAGAUGCACCCAGUUAUAAGAUGCACUCCCAAUUUGAGAGAGUGGUAAUGUCAAGUUCUCAACUGGAAAGUUUCGUGAGAAUACUUGGCUAUUGUAUGGAUCAUUAGUUUUUGUAGUUCAUGCAUGCACAGUGAGAGAACAAACUUAGAGUAGAGUGAAAAAUCAGCAAUCGUAUUUUUAUCAUGUUAAAAUGAUAACCACAUUGUCACAAAGCUGCACUAAAACAUGAUGCAGAAGCAAGUUUAUGGUGCCACAUAAUUAUUUGCAUGCAAGAAAACAUAUUUUGGUAGGCAACAAACAUAAACAAAAGAUAGCUGGUGCAACAGGGUAACAUGGCUUGAACUAAAGAGAAUUUUCUUGUUCAAAGCGAGUACGAGUUUUUUUUCUUUUUUAUGAAAUUACAAAAUUAAAAGGGGAUUAUUUUUAUUUUAAGUUACACUGCUUGUAUAACAGGAAAAGACCAUUACACCUGUUUACCUUGUCCAUGGAGGUAAUGGGGGAAAAUACAGUAGAAUUUUUUGUUUUAAUUAAAUAUUUGUGAAUGUUUCUUAAGACUUCCUUAUGGACAAGCAUUUCUGAUUACCUGAUUAUUGCAAAAAUUAUUCCCUGUCAACAGGGCCAGUGUACAGACAGUAAGAGCAAUAUUUAAUGUGGAAACUGGAUACAGGCUUGGGGAUGAUCAGUAUGUAUAAUUAAAAUUUCAUUACUAUGACAGUUGAUAUUUUCAAUAAGUUCAAAACUGUUAAGGCUAGACCCAGCCAGAGGUUACUGUAUUUUAAAGAUCAGUUGCAAGAUCCAGGGGUACAAAUGCGUAACAUUAGGGAAAAACUAGCAACUUCAUAAAAUUACCAAAAAAUCAUCAAAACAUAGAUUAUUCAUAAACUUUUAUUGUAAGAACUACUUUUUGAGAAAAUAUUUGAUGUUAUCUGUUAAAUUAUCCUCAUUACUUAAUACCCAGAAUGCAUAGCAGGCGUGGUCAUAUAUUCUAUUUACACAUUUGCAGGCUUAAAUUCACGAUUCUGUUUAGAAAUAACACAGUUUUAUUUACAUAACUAAAAAGAAGACAUAAUUUCCUCAUGCUGGUUGGGUAAAAGCUGGAAUAAUACAUUUCUACGCCUAUUUAAUUUCUUGAGUUCUCCACAGAUAGUCCUGACAGUGUUUGCAUACACAAUAGCUUGUUUAUUGUCAAGCUUGUAGGUCAUGUCUAUAAUAUUGUCCCUUAGGAAAAAGUUACCCUUGAAGACAAAGGAACCUUUCUGAUAAGCAGCACUAUAGUCAUCAACUUCAUCUUCACCCAAAAUUAUGGCACCACUGCUUGUAACUUUGAAGAGGUAGUAAUCAUAUAUGGCGUCAUCAGCUGCUGCAAUGGCGACAGUACUUCCUUCUUCAACAAGAUCAGUGAGUGCAUUGACUGUUUUACUGACAUUGACUGAGUCUUGAUUCUGCCUUGUGACUGCAACAUCUCCUUCUCUUGACAUCUCAACCUCUCUCCACUUAUCAACAUACUCCUCAUUUUCACAGUCCAUGUCAGUUAAACAACCAAUGCACAUACAGCUUCUUAGCCUUGUCUUCACCUUACAUUGCUGAGAAGUUGUUUUUACAGAGUGGAUUUUUCUAAUCCCUUUUAGCUCUUUAAAAGUGCGGCCAAUUCUGUUUCUGUCAACAGCUCCUUCUCCAUUUAGUGGAAUGUAGAAGUAUACUCUCUUGUUUAAGGUGGUUUUGCUGUUGGUUGAAGAUGGCAAAGAGAACUUGUCCUUCAGAUACUCAUAGAGCUCCUUUGCAGACUUGAUGGAUGCUUCUCUUCGAAUCACAGCAAGAGUAGCACGUUGUUUGACAUUAGCACCUGCUGCAUCUUGCUCUCCUUUUGCAUGAGAGGUUUCAAAGAAAUGCCGGUCCACCUGACACCCAAAGUCAGACAAAGAACAUGACAAAUCACCAAAAGUGUGCUUAGAUUUGUAUUGUCCAGCACACCCAUCAGUGAAUUCAUGAACUUUGUCUACUUUCACUUUGACCUCAUUCCUAAGGUACGUCAGUAUUAGGCCUUGGGUGUGGUGUACAAAAUGGUAGUCUUGAGUGUUGUCUUCUGAAAGGGCAAAGAUGUGCUCUUUGAUGAGGACAGGGUCUUGUUCUGUACUUGCUUUGCCAUCAAUGUCAAUAUCAGCAUGGCGAUAGACAAUUGACACAUGAAUGCUGACUUUCACAGGAUCGAAAUACUCUGAUUGAAUUUCAUCUUGUGAUCUGCAAGUGUAAUUCUCAGAAAAAUCAUGCACACAGAUGAUAUGGUUGAGAGGCAGGUUUGUCAUUAAAUGAUCAAACUGUUCUUUUUGCCAUUUGGCCAUAAAUGAAUGGUAGGGAUAAUCUUUCAGGAGUUGCUGGAAAUAGUCAAACAUCUCUUUGACAGGAGUUUCUUUUUGGACCAAGUGGAUUUUCCUUUUUCCUCGCCAUUGUUAUCUUUGUACGUUAUGUAUUCAUAUCGUUUCCACUUGACUUCAGUUUCAGACAUUUCUUCAGCUGCUGUCUUGAAGUUCUUCACCCCACACUUGUCACAGCUCCUUGUCAGGCAGUCUAGAGAGGAAUAGCUGGAGUCUUCUGGCUUUUCACACAAUGUGGAUUCCACAGCUUCAGUGAGAAAAUUAAAGGCUUGAACUUCAUUAUUUUGUAUGGAUUUUCGAUAUUUCAUGCAAGAAUCAAAUACAAUUUUGCAUUCUACAUGCUUCCUACACAAGCAAGAUUGUCUAUCUCUCUCUCUAGCUCCAGUAACAAAGAAAGGCUUCAACUGCUCAAAUCUUCGUUGUUUCACUUUUAUGUCGGGAUGUAGCUCCUGGAAUUCUUUGAAACACUCUGUUUGAGUCUUUUCAAGGAUAUGCUUUGCGUGCUCCACAUACUCCUUUUGCCAAUUCGUUGCCGCAUCUUGUCUCUUUUGGAUCCAGUGGGUCGACUUGCUUGUAGGGUCCAAAAAUCGUAGAUAACACGCUUAUCUUCUUCUUUAAUCGCGUCACACCUGACAUUUCUUUUUGUGCUCAACCAGCAGGCCUCAUCACCCUUCAAAACUCUUUCUCUAUGUUUGAUAGCUUUGGACACCUGGCUUCUUUUUACUCCCAUCAUCUUGGCAAUCCGUGUUUGGUGCUUGUUUUUUUUGACAGAAGAUCCAAAAGCCAAAGAGCGCGUACAGUUAUAAGCUGCUCUUUCAUCAGUCGACUUAGCUUUUUUGACUUUGGACAAUCCUUCUGCCAAAUCUUCUACCAAACACUCCAUUGCUUCGAUAUUUUGUUGCUCCUCAACUGGUCUCACGAACUUCUUUUUUUCAAGAAUCUUCCUUGUGCGAGGAGUACUUGCAAGGUUUUGAAGAAUUUCAGCCUUUUUUGCGGGGGUUUGAGGUAAGGCAGGGGACACCUUGUCCUUUGCACGUUUUUUUGCCAUCCUUGAACUAAAAGCUGGUGUGGUGAUGUUGACUUCAGGUUUCGGUUGCGCAAAUGAUGACUCUUUUCUAUUCUGACGAAGUUUUCGAACCCUUUCUCGAGUUUGCUGUCGCUUUUUCUCUUCCCUCUCUUUUUCUCUUUGCUUCAAAACCUUCUUCUUGGUAGCUGAUGCAGCAUUCCGCUCACGGUUGGCUCUUUUGUCAUCAGCCUUUUGUGCAGAUGUGCGUGUUUUCACUGCGGCGACUGUCGCGUUUUUUUUCUUGCUUCGAAGCAAGCGCAUUCUUUCUCUUGCUUUUUGUGCAAGAACUUCUUUGUUUCUUUCAUAGUAUUCCCUUUGUUGUUUAAGCUUUUUUUUCUUCUUUUUCUUUUCUCCAUUGAUCAGCAGAAUAUUUUUUGUUUUCCAUUGAAUAUUUCGCAAGCGAAGCGUGUAAAUUCUCGACGGAAGAAGUCACGCUAGGGAAGUCACGUUCUCUAGUAAUUUCCAGUCUCAAACGAUCGUUUGUUCAUGGGUGUAUAUCAAUUAAUUGUUGUAUACCCCCCUCUAGAUGUAAUGUACAAGGUUGUUGUAAGCGAGGAAGAAGCGAAGUUUAGAUGCGAAGAUUUCUAAAACUGCCACUAUUUUGCGCGUGUAAACUGAUACACCAAUGCAAACAAUACUGUUCCAAGAUCGAAUAUGUUCGCGAUUCAAAAAAGACAUAAAUUUAGAUGUUAAAUUGAGUUAGAUUCGUGAACAUUUGGUACCGAUAGAAAGUUUAGAAUUUGAGAAUGACAGAUCUGCUAGUUGAAGAGCAAUUUCAUUUUAAGCGCGGCUAUCACAGACCUUUUUGGAGAUGAGGAUAAAUAAUUUUAAGGUAAAUUUUCUAUGCAUUUUAUGUGUUCGCGAUUCAGACUUUUUGGAUUUUUUACGCUGUCUUUGAAUUAAAUGGAAUAAAAAUUUGUAUACAGAAAAUAAAUCAUCUGAGAAUUAUUGUAUGUAUUUUUUUAAACUGAUUUGAGCUUUUUUUGCGACAAAAUCUUGGUGACUAUGAAGUAUAGUACAAUAUUGUAUAAACAGCGUUACAUGUUCGGUCGCCGAGAAAAUUGUUUCGUAGCGCGAAUAUUACAAUUCAGUGUUCCAAUUUUAACUAUUUUAUUGAAAAGUCUAUGUUUCUAGUGUAUUUCUAAGUCAAAAUUAUUUUGAAAUUUUAAAUUUUUAAGUAAGAAAUUUUUGAAUAUGUUUGAUGCUUUGUCAGAUUAUGUUACGCGUUACAUAAGAAUUCGCCUCACUUUUCUGAAUACUAAAAUCCAUAAAAAAAUAAAUUCUUCCUCUAUUACCACGAUUUUUGGUUUAAUACAAAGAGGUUAACUAUAUCUAACAGGAUAUAUAAGUUUUAAAGUGUUUUGUUUGAAAUAUAUAUUUUUUUGCUCAAUAUGGUUUUCGUAAACAUGCUUUGCCACCCUGGAUCGUGCUACUGAUCUAAAUCAUAAACCAAUACUACAUGCGCAAACUUAUAUCACACUUGUGAGCCCAGUUAUUUUGUUGAUGAUUCAUGUACUCUAUUUGUUUGGAACUCUAGAAAUUUGCAUAAAAGUCCAGUUGUGCAUUUAUUUUAUUCUCCAUUUGCUAAGGAAUAUAUCAAGCAUUGUUCAUGAAAAUCUUUAAUCGAAAGUGACACUUUGACAAAAAUAUGUAUAUUUAUGCAUUGUUGACUAGGUAUGUGGUUGUGAAGGCUAAAUGUUGGCCAAGUUCUUUUAGAGUAUUUUUGUGGACAGAGUGGAAGUCAAGGUUGAUAAAAAUGGAAAAAAAUAACUUGGCUAACAUUCAUCCAUUCUUGACUGAACAAGUUUGUGCAAUAAAGUUUGUGCCAGGAAAGAAAGCCAACCAUGUUUUUAGUACAUUAAAUCCACAAGAGUCAUCUAUGGUUCCUGUCAGCAAAUUCUGGUCAAAUUUUGCUCUCUAGUUAGAGAAAAUAGUCAAGUGUAAUUUUUGGGGAAAAAAUUGUAAAAUAUCAGAAAAUGUUGCGAAUCUUAAUUUACAUACAGUAUGUUGUUUACAUCACAUCUUUCACUGCACAACAAAAGGGAACUUGUUGCACAUUUUGCAAAACACAAAGAAAUGAGAGUCUCUAUAAGAUGGCCAAAAAGGGAAAAGUUGCUAAAGAUCUGGAGCCAAAGAAAUCGAAUUGAAGUAUUUCUUUUUCCCACUUUUCCUAUUGUUUUCCCCACGAAUUUGGUUUUUUUUUUAAUUCGUGUUCCCCAUUUCAUGAAGUGACCUUUCCCACAAAUUUCAAAGGAGUUCUUUGUCACAAGACUUUCCAGUGGGUUCGAUGUUAUGACUGCAUUGGCUAGCAUUUAAAUGAGGUGCAAAAACUGAAAUUCUUGGAGGCUAAAAUCGCAAGGUUUGCUAUUACACGAGUUACCUCUACUUAAAGGAGUUAAUAGUGUAUGUAAAUUUGUUGGAUUUUCAUGAAAAUUGGCCUGAUGUUCACAUACAAAAGUGUGUAAGGCCUGAGCAAAAUUGAUAUAUUUCUAUCAUAAUGUCCAGGAGGUGGCAACAACCCAAAUAUUUUCUAUUGUCCAACUUGAAAAUAGAUUUUCUCAGGAACCAAUAGGAAUAUCAGAAAAAGCCUCACAUGCUUUGUUAGCCUAUUAUCUACCGAGUGAUACUGUCCAGUUUGUUUGAGGUCUGUGGUAAUGCAGAGGCUGGUAAUUCAAUAAAGCAAACACUAUCAGAGUUGAAGCCUACCUAAACUAAAACUGUGAAAAAAUUUAAUUUUCAUAAUUCAUUGUUAAUAAGCUUUACAGUGAUAUAUAAAAGUUGGCACAGGAUGAUUUUUUUCAAAGACAUCCCAUUUUGUUGAUAGUAACCUUAUCUGUCUUUUGCCACUUUUUGCAUGUUCAUCCCACACAAUGUCCGAAAAUUUCAAACCUAUUUGUCCACUCCAUGCACUUUUUUUGUGUGUGGGAUCAAAUCAGGCAAUCCCAAGCGGUUAAGAAGGGUCCCUGUCAUGUAACCAAUCAGAACACAGGAUUCCUCUAUAUUGCCCGUGGGAGCUGCCAGCAUGGCUAAAUCUAUAUGAUAAAAUCAUAUCCUAUAUUUCUGUUUACAUGUCAAUUUCUACCAAUCUUAAGUUACUAGUAAGAGAAUUUAUGAUUUACAAGUCCCUUAACUUGGUCUGACUCUUUCUUUUCGCAGAGUGAUCAAUCACUUCCCUAACCACUAUGAGUUGACUAGAAAAGAUAUGAUGAUGAAAAACAUAAAAAGAUACCGUAAAGACUUAGAUAAAGAGGGCAAUCCUGUGUCAGAAAAAGAUGAUCUAGGGAGAUACCUUCAUCUUGGUAAAUUGUAAUUUGUUUAUUACUGUUGAAAUAUUUACAACUGAAGUAUCACUUCUCCUUCUUGAUAAGAACCUGUAAUUUCAACUUUUAAGAGGAAACGUACCUUUUCAUAUCAAAGUAUUAACCAAAAGAGGGAUGAUUAAGAUAUGGGAUAAGCAUUGUGGUUCACUCUAGGACAAUUCACAUGGAAAAUGAUGCUGACAUGUUCAUUUCUAGACACCACAUAAUUAAUUGCGCAACAGAAUAUUUGACACAUCAGUGAAAUAUUCUUAGCUAGCACUACCUUGAGUUAAAGAGUAUUUUCCCACUUCAAGCGAUUUCUCUGACUCAGUAGAAUUCGAGAUAUUGAUUUUUUUUUGAGAACAGAUUUUUACCAGUGGUAUCAUUCUCAAUGAAUCAGCAAAGACCAAAAGUGUGAAAAUUUAUUAAUUGCAUGCUGAAGGACAUCAUGUCAACAAAAACUAUGAAGGAACUUUGUGUGAGUUGAUGAUUUUCUUUUGUUUUUGGGUGUGGGUAAUCUGUUGAAUUUUUUCUCAUUAUUGCAAAAAUUGACUGAUGAGGGUGAUCUGCUGCACAGGUUAAUGGACAGAAAUUAUGGUAGAUCUCAUUUGCCCAAGUUUAGAGCAUGAUUCGUGGUAAGGGUAUGGUAUUGGGCUCAGGGAAUGGGACAGUAUUCAGAGGUUAUAGGUACCAAUAAGUGUUAGGGAACAGAGUGAGAUGAUAGCUAGGCUAUAUGGGGAAAGAUAUUGGGGGGAAUCUGGCUUUAGCUUCAACUUUUUUAAAGUAAAGCUGUUUACCUUUCUCUCCUUUCAGAUUUUAUUCCAGUUACAUUCAUCUUGCCAGCAGAUUAUAAUCUUUUUGUAGAAGAAUUUAGAAAAAAUCCAUCCAGUACUUGGAUCAUGAAGCCAACUAAUAAAUGCAAGUGGCAGCUUUCUCUAAAGUUUCUUAGAAAUUCUAAAGCCAAGGCUUCCAGGAAACCUGGAAGAACUAGAUAUUAAAAUAUGAAAUACAUUAAACUUUCCCUAUAGUGAAAGGUUUUUGCAAAAUUGUGAUUAUUUUCCUGUUUUUUCUUUUUGUCAGCUGGUAGUGAUGCAAGUUAAUUCUAUUCUUAUAAAAUAAAGUGUGAGCAGGAAAACUGUAAUGUCUCACAUCUGUGAAAGGUGUGACAAAUUAGUUCUCUGGUGUAAGUUUGGAGGUGUUCAAUCUGCAGGUGUGCUUUGGUGGCCGUAAGUCCUCUGCAGAAUUACCCAGGAUCAUUUGGAGUAGGGCAUGAUAUGUAAUUGGAAAAAUAUCAGUUCUUGAAGAACUUUUAAAAGAGCAAUCUGAUUGUUUGAUUUUAGUAACUGGUGGAAGCCUGUAGACUGGCUUAUUAGUCAAACACUGUGCUUGAGUAAGCUGCUGCACACUUAAAUAUUUUUAAUGUAUUGGUGUUCUGUAAUUUUUCCAGCUCAAGGCAAAGGGAUUUUUCUAAUCAACAGGCUGUCACAGUUGAAGAAGUGGUCUAAAGACAGUAGAGGAACACUGUAUGUUGAUACACAAUAGACAAUAUUGCUUACUGGCUUUGUGAAUUUUAGGUGUAACAUCUAAUUUCUCCCACAAAAUUUAGUUUGUUCUGUUUUAUGCUCCUCUUACAGACUUGUUCACCCAAGUGGAAAGGAUGCCUAUGUAAUAUCCAGAUAUAUUGAUAAUCCAUUACUUAUUGGUGGCAAAAAGUUUGACCUACGUAUCUAUGUCUUGGUGACAUCCUAUCGGCCACUAAAGUGCUACUUGUAAGUCUUUCUUGAAAAGUUAUUGAUAGAAAUUGUCUGGAAAAUUUAUUGCAAGUAGAUUACCAAAGUAUCAAGGGAUCUGGGUUAAUACAUAUACUUGUUCAUUUUCCAUUCCCAUAGACAGAUGGCAUUUGAUUGGUGUUUUGGAUUAAACUGUUAAAUACAUUAUUUGAUAGCGCACUUUACUAACUUCAACAACCAUAAUGAGCAGUGUAGUGUGUAAGGAGAUAUCUUGAAAUUUUUAUGACAAGAAUUUCAUUGCGUUCUAUGUAAAAGAGGUAUGUGAGGGAAUCCGCCUAAAAAAACUACUUAAUUGGCAAUUGUUUUAAUUGUUCUCUUGCAAAAGGAAUGUGUUAGAUGCAAUUUAACCCUUUAACCCCCAAGAUCAUAAUGUUGAUUCUCUCCUCUAGCUGCUACACAUGUCCUUGCAAAUCAGUUAGAAGAAUUUUGUGUUAGAUCAGGAUAACAACUUUUACCUGAUAAGUUUGAAUGUUUCCAUUACCUGUUUGCUAGAUAUGUGUAUGGAUAUUUUAGGGAGAAGUUUCAUGUUACUUCUGGGAGUUAAAGGGUCAAAUACUUUCAAUGUCUCUUGGAAAUUCAAUAGAGUAACUACCAAAAAAGAAGUGGUGAAAAUUUGGCUAAAGGAAGUGUAUCUGAGCUGCAAAAUUGUCUGCAAAAGUAGGAAUGAAAAAAACAUCCUGGAAAUAUUGGCAGAAGUGGGGUAAAAAGAACUUACUAUCUCAAGGGGAGAGGGUUUCUUUUUUGUCUGGAGUAGCCCAAGGUGACUAGACAACAAAUUCUGAAUUACGUAUUUCCAGUUUGACAGGGGGAUGGUCACUAGUCAAGAAAAUAUGCUGAACCACACACUAUCACCAAAAUGUCUGUUCCUUGGUCAAAAGGUUGAGUCUUUCUAAGAUGAAUCUCAUUGUUACCUCAAGCAACUUGUACAUUAUCAAAACGUGUUCUAUUUUAUUAUCUCACCUUGCACUAACAGCUUCUUAACUUACCUUGUUAAAAGCUUUUACAGCAGAGAAAGACAUGUUGUUUUUAAAAAAAGAUUUUAAAUUGUAGUGUCUCUCCUUGCUUUCUUCUGCAGGUACAAACUUGGAUUCUGUCGAUUUUGCACUGUCCAAUACAAUGCAAGUCUGAGUGAACUUGACAACAUGUUUGUCCAUCUUACAAAUGUUGCAAUUCAAAAAUAUGGGGUAAGAGAGAUUUGAGAUCAAAAUGAAAUGAUUGUUUGGAAUGCUAUCUUAUAGCUACAAUGUUUCUUUUUCAAAGGAAGAAUAUAAUCCAAUUCAUGGAGGUAAAUGGACAGUAAGAAAUUUACAAUUUUAUCUUGAAGGAACAAGAGGGAAGGAGGUGAGUAAUUUGGCUCAGAUUUUGUAAAAGUGUUCCUUUCUAAAUUUUUUAGACUAUUAACACAGUGAACUAAUUAACAAUAAAAAAUAAGUCCUGAGAGAUAAUUCUUAUACUUUCUGAUACUUUGUUUAAUUUGGCCAACUGAUAAGUAACUUACUCUUGACUAAUUUUCUAUUCAAAACUGUAAUUGAGAAAUCACAAAUUAUUUAAGGACAUUUUUGCUAUCUGGGGGUAGUAGAAUAAUCAAAGCAAAGCAGAACUCAAAAGGCACUGUAAAUUUUCUGAUGAGAAAGAGAAAACGUCUUGCCAAGAGUGACUAGGAUUUGUGAUGUGCCCAACUUUCAAAGCUUGGCAAAGCAAAUGUUUUUCCUCAGGUUUUACUAAUACCUGAUUACCCAAUACAUGCUCACAGAAGCUAAGUGGAAAACACAUGACAGAAAAUUAUCACCUUUCUGCAAAGCACCAUUUUGCUUGCUGUAAAUGUAAGCAGUUCAACAAUACUACUGGCUGGUUGUUAAAAGUGACUUUAGUGUUGACAUGGUUCUCUGAGAAGGCAUGACAUGCUGCUUAACUUUUAAGAAGUUUUUUGGACAAGGUAUCUCCUCUUUGGAUGAGUAGGGCCAUGCAUUAAUGACAUCAGGAAAGUGCUAAACUCUUGUAACUUAGAUGAAACAGUCCAAUUCUUUAAGAGCUGUGGGGGGAAAUGUGUUUAAUAGUGAGCAGUUUGCCUUCAUGGUCAGUGGUACUUAGUGAUGGCAAAGAUGUUCCUGGUCUUGAAUUUGAGAGAGAAAGAAAAGAAUACACCAUCAACCAGCUUAAAUGGGACUAGGCUUGCACUUGUCAAUGUCUUGACAGUGCAACAUGGUAUUGAGAUUUUUGUUCACAGCUGUAUCAUCUGAUGCAUUGUAGGUUACAGAUAAGCUAUUUGAUGACAUAAACUGGUGCAUAGUUCACUCUCUGAAGGCUGUUCAGGUAAUGUCAGUUGAUCCAGCUGUACCAAUAAAUAGAGCCCCUUCAUAUCCAUGUGGUAGAGAUAUGAAGGAAAUCAGUGAUUCAGACAUAAUUUUUCAUUAUUGAUAGGUACUAAAUAGUUCAUUUCAAUAAGGUCUCAUAUUGGUUAUGUUAAAAGUCUCUGAGUCACUUAUCCUUUUUAUUAGCAAUAACUGAUCAGUAAUUCCCCCUUCUAUCUAGUAUGGGUUUCUUUUUAAAUUACAGAAGAAAUUUUGUUAUAAUAUCAAAAAUGUAUCAUGCCUUUUAACUGACAAGUUUGUCUAUUCUCCUUACUUGUUGGCUGAGUAAUGCUUUGUUCUUGAAAGAAGAAUUGUCAAAAUAUUUAUUUAAUAAAAUAUCACCUCAAGUGGGGUGCAACUUUGUUAUUGUGUGAGUUAAAAUAAUUUAUCCUUUGGUAUCAGUAAUUGGUAUUAAACACUAUAGUCACAAAAUUCAGGUGCACUUUCAUUUGCAUCUAGAAGAAAUUUUGAUUCAAUUUCCAUAGCUCUUAGCCAUUUGCAAAUGCUUAAGGUUCCUCAACAAAUAUGCUAUAUUAAUUUUCAGAAUGUUAUAGCCAAUGACAGGCACUGCUUUGAAUGUUAUGGGUAAGUAUAAACAAAUAUCAGAAUUCAUCUAAGUCAUUUCCAAUUUCAUCAACUGUAGCAAAAGCAUGCCUGUAUGUUUCUUAUUAAAUGCAUUUUUAUCCCCAAAAAAUCUGAAAUCAUCAGAUUAAAUGCUCAGUUCUUAAGAGAAUGUCCUUGAUUUCAGCUAUGACAUCAUCAUUGAUGAUAAUCUGAAGCCUUGGCUUAUAGAGGUUAGUCUAGUGCAUGAGCUGUUUUUGGGCAUUUUGCAAAUUAACUGUUUUUGUUUUUUUGAUAAAAAUGUGUGCUGAUGGCUAGGUUGUUUCUCAAAUUGGUUACAGUUUUGAUUAUUGGGUAACAGCACUCUGUGUGGUCAAAUUAUAUCUGCAAUCAUAUUCAUGAUUGACAAUUUGAACUCCCACUUCACAGUCCUCCAAUUUUAUUUAUCAUUCAAUGGACUUCCCAGGACCCUAUUACCAUUAUUUAUUGUGCAGAAUUUAUAUAUCUAGUAGUUGUCAGGUGUCCAGUAGCUUUUUUUUUUUAUUUGCAGGUGAAUGCCUCUCCUUCACUGACAUCCACUACAUCUGCUGACAGAAUUAUGAAGUACAAUCUAAUACAUGACACUCUUAGUAUUGUGCUACCUAAUGGGGAAAUUCCAGAGUGAGUAAAAUAGUAGAUGUUCCUAUGGGCAUAGUUGCAUUUUUUAUUUAAGAUUACUGUCAAAAAAAUCUGGUCAAAAUGUUCAAAAUUUCAUUUUUUGCUUUGAGAAAGAAGUAAAAGUUGCAGUGAAAAAAUUGUUAAAUCUAAAUGUUGGAUGCGACUGAAAGAAUAAUUGAAUGGAUGGCAAAACCAAUUGAACAAAUGUUACUUCACUAAAUGGUUUGAAUGGUUUGUCAAAUGCUUUGAACAGAUUUUUUUGAGGCAUUUAAACGAAUAACAAACAGAUACAGAUGGUUUACCCAUUCAAACAGAGAAACAUUAGUGUCCAUUUUGCCUUUCACGGUCACAUAUGCUUGGGGAACCUGUACUGUAGAGUGAAAGGUGUCACAAACGUUGAUGUUAGCUAUGGGCUUUCAUCCAACAUCCCUAUUUGUACAUUCUGUUUACAUCAUGUCAUACACUGCACAACAAAAGGGAAUUUUUGGCACAUUUCACAAAAUGUUGUGAAAUAAGAGGCUUCUCUCAGCCAGCAAGAGAAAAGGCAGGAGAGAGCCAGAGGUGAAGAAAUUGAAGGUCAGCUUUUCUUUUUCCUUAGCUUUCUUUACUCACUUUCCUUCUGCUUUUCCUGAUGAAUUUUGGAUUUCACUUAACUUGUGUUCCCUCAUGUUACCUAUGACCCUGUUACACCCUGUUAUCUAUGAGCCAUAACUAGUAACCUGUUACCCUUGAUCCACUACUUGUCACUUGUUUUCUAUGAACCAUUACUGGUGACCUGUUACCCAUAGCCCCCUACUUGGUACUUGUUUUCUGACCCAUUAUGGUGACCAGUUACCCAAGAUCUACUACUUGCUACUUGUUAUGUAUAAGCCAUUACAAAUGGCCCAUUACCCAUGAUCCUCUACUUGUUAGCUAUUGUCUAUGACCUAUUUUUAAUGACCUUUUACUCAUUACCCUCUUCUCGUUACCUGUUAUCUAUGAGCCAUUUCUAGUGACCUUUUGCCCAUGAUCCACUUCUUGUUCCCUGUUUUCUAUAGCCCAUAAUUAGUGACAUGUUACCUAUGACCCAUUACUCGUUAUCUGUCAUCUAUGAUUUACUACCAAUGACAUGUUACCUAUGAUCCUCUACUUGUUACCUGUCAUCUAAGACCCACUACUAGUUACUUGUUAACCAUGAUCCACUGUUCAUAACCUGUUAUCUGUGAGCCAUUACUAGUGACCUGUUACCCACAAUCCACUUCUUGUUACCAGUUAUCUUUGACCCAUAAGUUGUGAACUGUUACCCAUGACCUGUUACUCACAACCUGUCACAUAUGAUCCAUUACUUGUGACCUGUUACCCAUAACCAACUUUUUGUUACUUGUUAUCUACCUGUUACUCAUGACCCACUAUUUGUAACAUACUACGUUAUUCAUUACCUGUGACCUUCUACUUGGUACCUGUUUCUAUAACCCUAUACUUGUGAACUGUAAUGUGUGACCCACCACUUGUUGCAUCUUACCAUUACUUGUGACCUGUUAAACAUGACCAAAUACUCGUUACCCAUUAUGUAUAUGACCAUUACUUGUGCUAAUUUUUGCAGGACAAAGGGUUAUCUAAUGUUGAAUUAAAUGAAAUAAAAAGCUACCUUGGUCAGUCCUCUCCUGUGACGAAUGACACCAGUAAACAGUAAAAGGACCGCAUGCCACUUUGUUGAAUAAAUCCUGUAACAAACAUGAUUUUGAUUUAUUCAGUUGCCUUCUUUUGAACAUCACAUAAAUCAGAACCCAUUUUUACUUGCAUUCAUCAUGAGCCAUUGAUAUUUUUCCAAGUGAAAUGCCAAAAGUAUUGCUAAUCUGUGAAAUGGUCUUUCACGGUUGAUCUUUGGGUUGUCACACAUUGUGUGAUAUACUAGAGAACAGUUGUGAAGGAAACUGCCAUGAGAUAACUUACAAAAUUAUAUCAUUCUGCAAUGCUAUCGAAGUAGACACGAAUUGAUGCGGUUUAACCGUGUUUUGAUCAAAGUUGGUCAUUUUUUCUUUACAUAAAUUGUUCAAUAAGAGAAAGCAAAGGAGCAAACUUAUAAAUGGUCUGUUGAAAAAUAGAUGUCUUGCUGGGAGUGACAAGGGUUUCUGGUUGGCUUGAAUCCCAAGAUUUUUGUUAAUCUCUUGUCAUGCUUUUGAGUUCCUCUAGUCUGUCCCUUAAAUGUGACAAAUUGACAGAGGUAUUGUCAAGAAGCAGAGUACACGACACUGAAAGCUGAUCAGGUCUUGCACUGUCUUUACAAUUAAAUAUGCAGACAAUUUUAGCUCCUGUCAUUUCCUGUAGGUUCAAGAAAUUGCAAAGCUUUUUUUUUUGAGACAUAAAGACAUUAUUGUAAGAUUCUACGCUUUCUGUCCUGAACAAGAAAUAAGGGUAAAGACCUCCUCGUGCUAAUCGUUUCUUUCUUUACUAGUGUUAGAUGGAAUAAGAUACCGUCCAAAGAUGCUCUGGGAAAUUUUGAAGUACUGUAAGUAAAGUGUUAGCUUUAGUGGUUUUCCCAAGUGAGAAAACUUUUUCUUCUUUCUGAUAUCGUGCCCUUUUUCUGGUAAUAGUUGUUUUGCAACUAUGAUAACAGCCUUUUUUUUAUGCAAUUUGAUAAUUUUCCUUUCUAGUUCGUAUACAUUUCAUUGAAUGUGUGCUUGUUUUGUUGCUGGAAUUUUCCCACUAACAGCGCACGCUCUCGUCGACUACGUUGGGGUCAAUUGUCACCCAACAAUGAAACUGUUUGCCGUCGAGGGUUUUUUUAGCAGGCAAAAAUUGCAAAAUCUUUGACGUCGGAGGGUAACAGGGUAAUGUUUCCUGCGAAAGUUUUACGAUGACUGCCGUUAAACGUGAACAGAACGUGAUUGAGGAUGGGGUGACAUUUCUGCGCUGUUGUGUUUUGAGCUUUCAGGCGCUUCCAUGCCAUUUAUAUAUAGUGUUUCGCUAUCCAUUCGCAUUGAAAAUGUUUUCCUCCGCGGGACGAGAAGUAAUGUGUUUAAUAUAUCUUGAUAACUCUCAAGUUGAUAAGUGCGUUAAUUUGAAAGUCCGUUUGUUAUUCUUAUUAUUUGGAGAGUAAGUAGAAAGGUAAACACGUUUGAGUUAAUGCCUUUUCCUUACACAUAGUAGUGCAAUUUAAAUUUGUUAACUCAAACACUUAUUUGUUACCCAGGUAUGACGAAGAAUUAGCCUGUCAAGAUUCAUUGGAGAGAGACUCGCGAUCUAGAACAGGACAGACAGUUGCCUCUCGAGGUACUAAAGAAGGCAAAAUCAAACAAGCUACUUGGAAAUAAACUGCAAUCACUUAAUGCUGAUAAUAGCCAUCUACUCUCGAAAGAUCGGACCUGUGAAUCCCUACACCCCACAUUUUUUUCUCUUGGUAUCAUGCACAGAGCAAAACAUUUUAACAAAUAAUGCUACAAGCUGAAAGUUGGGCUUUAUAAAGGCAUUAAGAGGUAUAAAGAUACUUUUACCGCAAUUGGCAGUAACGUCGCAAUCUGAUUGGAUAACUUGGACCUCGAGGUUGACAUCAGGAAGACCGGCCACUAGUAGAGCCAAUUAAAAAGGAUGGCCUAGAACAGAGAUCCCUGGCGGCCUAUGCCCCAGGAGGUGCGAUGGUCUUAGAUAGAUAGAUGGUAAGUCUGUAACAAAUUUUGACCACUGUGCUGACGAAUAUCGGUGUGAAUAACAGCACAGAAUACGCUAAACCACUGUCGAUUUGUUAAAUUUAUUACUUCGUUUGAAAUGGUAUUCCGUUAUAGAGACUCUAAUAUAUCAGUGCACUAAUAAGUUAAGUAGUACGAAUGAAAUUAGAAAAUGGAAUGAAAAUAUACACAGAGAAACUGGGCUUGAAAGCGAUACAGCAAUAAGGUAAUAAAUCACCAGUAUUACAAAAAUGUCAAAAUCAGAAAAGACUUUUAAAUAUAUGAAAAAUCGAGAUUGUAAUGUAAAUGCCACUGAGAUCAGGCCGUAAGAUAACCAACCGUCUGAAGGUAGCCACAGUCCUAGUAAUAUUUUUAAUAUCAUCGCGCUAUAAGAGUUUUUGGCGCGAAAGACUGGUAGACAGUCUGCAUAGUAUAUUGCUAAUACUGAAAUGAUUGGUGAA